AUAGGGGUGUAUUUUCCCUACGUUUCUCACUGACCCUUGAUAAUCAUAUAUAAUCGCAUAGAUUUAUGUUGUAAAGGUGAAGCUUUGCCAGUGAUCAAUCAGGUUUUGUUGAUAAUUGCUUGGUGGGAACAAACUGAAGAUUUGUAAUCAGUCAACGUCUUAACGCUUUGACUAGAAUGCGGUUCAGAGUAUAGAAUAGGAAAGGUCAAUGACCCAUGAUCCGAUCAGGCGCAGCGGAGAACCUAUUCGAAAUUGAAUCGACUAGUGGCGCCGUGUCGACCAAUCAUUCGAAAUCAUAGGACCAGAAUCACCAAUGACGAAUGACAUUGCCCUGCAUAUAUGCAUGCACAAGAGAUUGGUUUGCCGGCAGCUUCACACCAUAGUUUAUCGUUUUGUAGCUGGACGCGGUUUACUAUUGUGAAAUCAUAUCAGUUUUUGUGUUAUUGAUAGAGAAUGAGUCACAGUAAUCUACUGCAAGGCUACACAUGGGACGCUCCGUACGACGAUCCCCAACAAUUCUCGCGACCUAUUCAGGAUGAAGUUAUCAGCGUGUACGAAGUAUACGUUAAAGAGGAAACUGUCGGCGCAGAUGGACGCAGCGAUAUUUCAAUCAUUUCAAACGAACCCGGAUCGAGUGGUCAGAUAAUACAAGGUGGAGAUUGUUUGGAUCUCGACAUAGCGAUCGGACCUGAAGUGAUCAAUGCUGAUGGUACAAUUACGAAACUUUUAGGAAAAGAUGCAGCAGUAAAAUAUAAGGUUCUGGAGCAAAAUGUGAACGAGGAAAAUGUCGUGGUGUAUUCCCACCCCAUGAACGAAGGUCCAUCUGCAACGCGACUCGUCGACAAAGACGAUCCGCGAUCAAGGUUGCAUUUUGUCAAAUAUCUGAAGCGAGAUGGAAAAACUCUGAAGAUUUGGGAAUGCGGAAUUUGCUCCAAAGAAUUUCGACACCAGUAUACUCUGAUGCGACACUUGCCGACUCACACGGACGAGCGAAACUUUAAAUGCGAGGCAUGCGGGAAGGCAUUUAGGCAAUUAUCUACCCUGAGCCAACACCGUGCGAUUCACAGCGACGCUCGUCCCUACGUUUGCGAAUUUUGCAAAAAGACGUUCAACAGAGUAUCCACCCUGAUUUCCCAUCGCAAGACUCACUCCGAACAUAAACCCCAUAAAUGUCAUUUGUGUGGCAAGGGAUUCCACCAAAAAGGAAAUUUGCGAAACCACGUAUUUACGCAUACAAACGAGCGGCCAUACAAAUGCGAGCUUUGCGGAAAGGGCUUCAACCAGAUGUCGAAUUUGAUGUGUCAUAAAGUGAAGGCUCAUGCCCAUGCAGAAAAAAUGCAGUACGUUUGCGGUAUAUGCGGCAAGGAAUUUCCACGUCGUUUUUCUCUAAGGUCCCAUGAAGAGUAUAAACACGGUAUCAAAUACCGUCAUUCGAACGCCCCCGUCGUUCUCCAGGAUAGCAAUGAUUCCACUGCGUUCAGAAACAAGCACGUUAGCAUCGUGCCAAACGGAGAGCGUCCCAUGAUCGGUGAUAUGGAUGAUAAAGAAAAUGUGAACCCUGGCGCAUACGCAGCGAGUAUCUUAGUCGACAAAAUUGAAACAAAGGCUAUGGAAAACGCCAUUUUAGAGGGGCAGACACCGUUCGCACUCUUUAAGCCCGCCAAGGGAAUCCCCGUCCUCGUUAAAAUCGGAGUUGCAUCUAAUCGUAAACAGUUGCUGACACCAGCCACAGCUGAGGAUUUACGAAUGGCUGGAAAAAUGACUCUUAGUCCUACUUUAGCUGAAGUUGACGGCGUAAAGGCAGUUCAGAUAAAAGUACCUGUUGUAGCUACUGUAACACAGCGAAUUGAACCUGAUGGUAAUUGGAGUUAUCUGAUCGAACCACCUGGUCCUGGCCAGGAACAAGAAAGCCUCAUCGAGCCAAUUGAGUCCAAUUUUUCUUGCCUGGACCAACGUGAAUUACGUUGCGAUGUGGAAAGAAAUUUGCAAAAUCGACCAUCAACAUCUGCAGCUGAAGAUUGCACUGAUCUUCUAGAGUUGGCUGCUCAGGGUGGAAUUCAGUUCGUCCGAGCAACUGAGGACGGCCGAUAUGAAGUCAUGACGAACAGCGAGGCGCGUGAUUUAAUGGCUCAGAAUUCACACGAUGUGACCAUAUUAGAUGGAGAAGACGCAGAGGCUAUAUCGGUAGUCAAUCUCCGUCAAGAUCCCACUCCUCAGAAUCAAGAAAUAAUCAUCGGUGACCCAAGCAAUCAAAUAACAGUGCUCAAUUCUGGCGGUUGUAACACUUCGCAAAAGAAUGUGCCUACCGAUGCUGGUAUUGAGGUUCUAGGAGACAAGAACAUUCGUAUUUUGGGAAGCAAGAGCCUAGACGAUCGUUUUGCCAAUGGGAUGACCAUUUUUGAUCAAGAUAAAAUCGAUGACUACACAUUGGGGUCAAAGGAUUACACGAUUGAUGGGCAUAUGGGAAUCCUAGACCAGGACUCUAUGAUUACCUCUAGCCAGCAAAAUCUCUCUACGGUUUUGACCAAUCAUAUUAUGCACAAGAGUCUGCAGCAUUCCACUUACAAUUCGCUGCACUCCAAACAUCAACCAGGCAUGUCGAUUCUGAACCAUAACUAUCAGAAUAUGAAACAAAAUCACUCUCUGAGUGACAGUAUAUCAACGAUUUUCGGCAAUGAAGCGGAGGCUAAAGGCCACAUCAUCGAGUUUGCCAACAAAAUGCGGCUCACUGACUUUGAUACUAGAGAUAGUAGCAUGGAGACUGCAAAUCUAAACACGCAGAUUGGUCAGUCAGAAGUAAAAAUACUCGGCGCUAAGAAUAACAACAAAGUAAAGAUAUUGGGACACUCAAUGGACAAGACAGAAAUAGAGAAAGUUCUUCAGUUAGGUAAUUCCGCGUCGAAAGAAAAUAUUAAGAUUCUCGGACCGAGAAACUCCCAAUGUGAUCUACAAGCGAAAUUGGAACAGUAUAAUAAGGAUUGGAAGAUCCUGAAUAACUACAGCUAUGAUCAGUUCUCUGGGUCUCAAGCCAUCGCGGAUCAACGUUUCCCCAGAAGAGAGGUGAAAAUAUUGGGAAAGAAAAAAGAUUGCUUCAAUCCAUCCAGCAGCUAUAGCAGCUGCAAUACUGCAAAUAUCUGUAGGGAAAACACCAACACCCUUAGGCAACUGCCUGGAUCAAGUGGAUUUGAGGUGAGCAAAUAUGAAGUUGGGGACGAGUCAGGAAAAUUGCCGUCCAAAGGUAUUCCAGGGGAACCAGACAGCGAGACAUACCUUUCAUUGCUGAGAAUCAACACGUGGUUGAGAAAAUCCAAUUGCUAAUGAUCGAUGACAUAGUUGAAUAGCCUAUGCUCUUAUUAUACGUGAAUCCGGUUUUCAACAGUACUUAAUAGCGUUAUAAUCAGAGAGUUCGUGACCACAAGAAAUAUUAUUUACCGACUAGGUGUGGUACAUUUUAUAUACCCAUGCAUAAAAAUUACUCUUAAAGGUGACGUCGAACCUUGAUAUGGUCCCAAGUAGUUGUGUGCCCGAGACGAUCGUGAUCCAGGACUCCCCGCAGAGUGAGAAUUUCAAGUCAACUGAUUUUCUUCAAGUAAAAAAGUCUCGAACUAAUCUUUAAUAAACUCUCUCAAGGACAUCUCUCUUUCCCUCCCCUGAAAUUAGGCGGGCUGCGGAAGCGGCGACGAGAUUGAAAUUGAUUUGCUAGGAAAUUCCGCAUCUAUGCGCGACGUCGAGAUGGUUAAUGCUCUGAUUAAUGCUGAAAUCUCCUGCAGCGGUGCCGACAAAGAUGAUAAAAUUACAGAAAUAACGACGAUCUCUGAGAGAGACUUCGAGAUGAUCGGCCACUGCCAAGCUAUCAGGUAUAACAGUCUCCCAGACUUAGAUUAAUCUUCAAGUCCCACCACUUUUUUCCACUACUCUGUACUAUUCUACGUCAUAUCCGGUUCAUACUGAUUGUUCAUUUUGUUAGGAAUUUAAGCAAUGUCUAUUGAUUAUUAAUGUUAUGUUUGUGGGAUACGUAUGUUUGCCAUCCCCAUUCGACUUUUUGAAUGAAAUUGUAAAUUAUAUUGAACUAAAAGGGACAUAGAAAAAUACUAUGUUUCAAAUAACUCCGUCAUAAUUAGUAAAAUUGCAUUAUUAUAUUUGCUCGCAAUGAAUUUGAAUAACCAGCAAUACCACAUGUACCGUUAAGAAAAUAAAUGAUAGCAAAUGUUUUUAAA